AUGGCGGGCAGCAGGCUGGAGAAAGUCGGGACUGUCUUUACCCGAGUUCGAGACCUGAUGAGGUCAGGGGUAAUGAAACCCCAUGAGAAGCCUAUUUGGUUUGACGUUUACGCAGCAUUUCCCCCUAAAAGAGACCCACUGUUUGUGAAAACUUGCGCUCGACCACAAUACAAACCGCCAAGACCAGACCCAGUGCCAGAGAUUUUCUAUCCUGAAGACACAAUCAGAGCAAAGUUUUUUAAGACCUAUGGAGCUGGACAGCGGGCACUGGAUCUUACCAAGCCUAACUUUGUGUCAGUCUGUCAAAGGUUUGUAGAUCAAUAUGAGGAGCUGAAGAAGGUCACUGACCUGGAUGAUGAUGCCUUAUUUGAAGAAACAGGAAAACGAUUACUGGCCCAAGGUGUUGUUUUGAGACGGAGAGGAGCCGCAGCGGUGUCGCUAGAGAGCAGAGAGUCCGUGCUGGACCUGAAGUUGUCAGAUAUGUUGGCCGAGCAGCAGACGCUCACAGCAGAGGAAGAAACUCCGACCAGUUCAACGCCACAAACUACAGUAUGA